AGAAGCUCCUCCCGGCAGGCAGCAGCACCGUGCAGGCCGAGCGACCAUGAGCUGGCUGCGCUCCAAGCUGCGACAAGUGGCGGCGCGCGCAUCAGAUGCGCUGGCUCAGGCGGCAGACAUGGUGGCGCCGACGCUGUACGAGUCACGCGUGGAUGAGUUACACCACCGCUGGACAACCGUGGCGCACUUCCUCGAGUCAGUGCUAUCGCGUGACUUGGAGCCAGCAGAGCAGCGACGAUUGCUGCUCGAGAGCCACACCCGUGACUCGCUGCUUAAACUGGUGCUGCUCAUCUACGAGGAGGAGAAUAACUCAGAUCGCUGGGAGAUGGUCAUGGCGCGCCCCAAGGCGGCAGCUGAGGACGCGGCCAGCGCUGAGCCUCGAGCGCGCUCCCGCUCACGCGCACAGUCGCAGACGCCGCUGUCCCCGGAACUAGCGGAGCAUGCGUCACAUGAAUGUCUGGAGUAUUUACUGGAGAAGCAAAUCAUCCCGCAUCUGUGCGAAGUGGGUCGAAGAGACCAGCCUUGCGGUAUAAUGUCACUCGCUAUGCAGUUCGUAGGCGCGUUGCUUAGUCGCGUGAGUUAUCCCAUCCUACCAACACGUGAGGUGCAUGUGUCUGUAGUGGCUCUCAUCCAGGCAGCUGCGCGCAAGGAAGUGGAGGACCCUACUGUUCGCAAAUACCUCAUCAGUCUGCUCAAUAUCCUAUGGAAGAAAUUGCGAGGAGACCCCGUACAGACUGAGUUUUUUUUCCUACACGCUGAUAGACUCAUGGUCCGCACAACCGAUAUGGCAACCAAGCUAGAUGGCAACAAUCGCCUUCGAUCCGCCAGCGACGAUCCGUUCCUGCAUCUCCACAACCAUCACACACAGAGUGAAGUACCAGAGCUUAUUCUCUUUACCGGUCUGCUGCCUCAUAUGUAUGCAGUUGGAAAAAUUGGAGAAAAGUGUCGCGAAGCUCUGGUUAUCGCGGCGGCAGUACAUGACAAGGCUCUGUGCCGCUUCGUGCUGCAGCUCACUCCGUUCUGUCACUACGCGGUCAACGGAGUGAUUUCAGCUUUUGAUGCUCUACCUAAGACUCCGGCGCCCACAGCCAAGACUCCUGCUGCAGCUGUGAGCCCGUCGGAUCCUGAUGCAACCAUGGAGGUGGAACUGAGCUUCCUCGCUGUGAGGCUUCGCUUUUGCUGCACGCUUGCGAUGGUGGCUCGAUAUGAGUUGGAGGAAGUGGAUGAAGUCACUGGUGAACUGCAGCACCGUUCUAUAGCCGACGAACUGCUGGACCAGUUUCGGUCGCGUUUCCUGGAAGGCCCGCUUCUCGAAGGACUUUUGCAUACAUCGGAAGCUGCGGCUUGCGCUGCUACGUUGUACGCACGCAUUAUCUUGGAAGAGCUCACAACUUGUGGGCGUGACACGCGUGCGAACCCGCUGCUUUUCAUUUAUUUACAGUUUCUUCUUGCGCGCGCACCGGCGUCGACGAAUAAAGCUUCUACAGCGAAGCCGAUUACAGACGAAAAAUCACUUGCGUCUUCCGAACCGGAAACACAAACGGGAGACUCGUCCGUAGUUCACCAGCUUCCAUCGGAGUUACUUCGACACAUGGACUCUCUGUCAAGUUCUUUGUGUAUUGCAACGAUCGAUUUAUUCACGAGCGUCCUGGAGUUACAGGAUGAAUACGCAGACUGCGUCGUGCUUGGGUCGUCGAACAAACCGGAGAGCAUCGCUGAGAGUGGAAGCGAGUCCAGUCCACGGAAGCAACGACCUGUAUACUCUUCCCUGUUGAGCCCGAGUGCGCCCACCAACGGCGCUAUCUGGUUCGCGUCGCGUUUUCCUGAUUCCUCGGUGGCGUCUAAUGUCCAUCUGUGGAAAAUCCGCGCAUUCACGGGGCCUGAGGAUGCUGCGGAAGAAAUUCCGGCAGCAGACGACCAAGAAGACCAAGUGCUGUCGCUGCUUUCGUACAUCGCCGACGCCGAGUACGCAGCUUGUCAACACGGCCCUGAAGAACUGGAAGAGUCAGACGACUCAGAUGCCGAUUUCCAAGAAGAGGAAGCAGUAAUUGAAGCAUCAAGGGAAGACACUGGCAACUUUCCCCCUCCUUCCCCUGCUGCUGCGGAUGCGACAUCUUCUUCAAGAGGAUUGUCCAGUCGAACUGCUGCUACACGCAACUCGAUGAAGCCAUUGCGUGAUGUGUAUUUGAGCAUUAGUUUGCCUUCUUUCUCGCCUGCUGAGCCGGCUGGGCUUCGACAGCGAUCGCAGUCGCAGUUUCUACAAAGGUUAACCGUCGGAAACGACGAGGGAACAAUGCCGCUCUUCUUGCGCAUCGUUCUGAGUCGCAUGGAGCGAUUAUUGGAGAACUCUUUCCAGGAGAACUUGGCCCUUUCAGGUCUGAUCUACGCGCUGGCUCAGAAGUCUCGAUGUUCCAUGGUGGUGUUUGAUCUGGACGAGGGUCUACCGAUGGGCCAGAGUCUGCGCAGUAUCCUUGAGGAAGUGUAUGCUGAUGCUCUGCGGCGCUUGAAUCGACUUCCCAACGGAGCGACGCAGCUGCAAGAACUGCGCAAGAAACUGGUGGACGAGGACAACGACGCAGUACUGAACGACCACGAGGCAGAGGCGCGGCUAUUAUGUGGUUAUGUGGUUCUGGACGAGAUCCUGAAGGAAUUAUGCUCGCUUCUGUUUGCUCGCGAGCGUGUCAAGACUCUGCCUCUCAAGCCGGAGGGUUAUUAUUUCGAGCCCAAACGCACGGGAUCGCUGUCCCCUUCCUCCGCGAUGCAGCGCGAGCGAGCUCUCUCGAGCGAGACGCUCUUCUCCGAUGAAGGUUCGCAGAUCGACGCAGCGUCGUCUCGUAAACAGGGAAGUAUUGGAAAGGAGUUUGAGGCGCUACUAGCUGAAGCCCAGUCCAGUAUGGAUGAUCUACUUGUUGGGCCGGGUGAGAACACAGCCUUAGAUACGGAAUUGGAGACGCAGAUUGUGUAGAAGUCGGACGGCAGCAAUCAACACUUGUAGCGUGAAAGUAUCGACCACUUGUCCUGAUGAAAAAUAAAAGCGAGUUCCAGUGGU